AUGUCAAUGAUUGGGGUUUUAUGGAGAUUCUACCAAAACCUAAUUCUGACGUCAAAAGCAAUGCUACUUGGAAUCUCGAACCUAACGUGCCUCCUCCACUUUUGUGCCACGAUGACGAAACACAGUCAGCACUGGAGCUACCUCUGGCGACGCUUUCUGAUCAACCUCCGAUACCUCCGCCACCCUCAAAACCACCUGAUCUUUUUUUUUGUUCUGAACAAUUUCAUCAUGCCUUCACCACUUCAUUCUAAGGUAAACAUUUCUGCUUUUGGUCACAAGUUGUUUGUUAAAAUGCCUUUGACACCCGUUAAGACUUUUAAGAACAACAUGGUGGAAACGUUGAACAUUCUUGGUUUACUAACAAGUACUAGUGAGGUCUAUGGUGAUCCUCUACAUCAUCCUCUGAAUGAGAAUUAUUUGGGAAACGUUAAUCCCAUAUGUGUCCGAAGUUUCUGCCGUGACGGGAAGUGUGUGGCUGAGGCAUUGGUUAUGGAUUAUCACCAAAGGGUUUAUGUGGAAGUUAGAAAUUACUGGAUCUUUAACUCAUACACACCCAGAAGGUGUUUAGAUGUUGGAUGUGGAAUUCGUUUCUUCUUUUCUCGGUCAUCAAAAAUGGAGUGUUUAACUGUUUAUAGGGAUGCUUAUGCAAAUUCUAAAAUUAAGCUUGACCAUGAAUGGAUAUCUAUUGGUUCUUUGGUUGGAUUUACUUACUCAUUUUUACCUACUGGGGUACUCAAAAUAUUCUUGGGAAGAAAUACAGAGAACUCUAUUGUACAAACCGGUCCUCUUCUUGAUUGUUCUGGAAUUGUUGUUUACACUUCACAGAUAGAGAUGGAAGGAAAAGUUAGCCACAAUAUUUGUGAAUACACUAAUUUUUCUGCAUUUCGACAGAAAGCUGCAAUCUUCACUAAGUUGGCUCCUACAACGGGAUCAAUCUAUUGGGCUGAAGUUUAUCCUAGUCAAGUUUCAACGUUAUUAUCCAAGGGUUCUCUAAGUCAAUUCUUUGUGAAGGGCGAAAUUCCUCUUACAGUCCUUGCUGCCUCAAAGGUGGAUAUAUCGCUGCCAUGCCGCGCUUUUGGUCAGAAGCUUGCAACUAGCUGCGCUCCGGGAAGCAACAAGCUUGUUAACCUCUAUUCAACGAGAUCAAGACAAACAAAGGAGUUUGUUAGCAAAUACAAAGGAAAAUACACAUUUACAUGUGGCGAGGUUAUUAGCUACAGAACCAUGGCCAAGCAUUAUGCUGAGCCUGAGGCUGGAUAUGAACUUCCUACAGGAUAUUUUCCAUUUGGGGUUGAUGGGAUGCUUGCUGGUUCUGCAACAGCCUUCUUUGCAUAUGUAGGUUUCGAUGCAGUUGCAAGUACUGUCGAAGAGGAAAUUGCAUGCUAUAUGGACCUGGAUUUUGGAAAAGUUAAGAUAAAGCGUUUUGCUGAUGGUGAAAUAUAUGCCCAACUGCAAGAGAGUGUCAUAGGGUGUGACGUGUUCCUGGUGCAACCCACAUGUCCCCCUGCGAAUGAGAAUCUUAUGGAGCUUCUAGUAAUGAUUGAUGCCUGUAGAAGAGCUUCAGCUAAAAAUAUUACUGCAGUCAUUCCUUAUUUUGGAUAUGCUAGAGCUGAUAGAAAGACUCAAUGGCGUGAAUCAAUUGCUGUUAAGCUUGUAGAAAAUUUAAUUACAGAAGCAGGUGCAAAUUGUGUUCUUGCAUGUGACCUCCAUUCUGGGCAGUCUAUGGGCUACUUCUAUAUUCCAGUUGAUCAUGUGUAUGGACAGCCUGUUAUACUCGGUUACCUUGCUAGCAAGACUAUUUGUUCAGAUGAUUUGGUAGUUGUCUCGCGCGAUGUUGGUGGUGUAGCUAGAGCACGUGCUUUUGCCAAAAAGUUAUCUGAUGCUCUUUUAGCUAUUGUUGAUAAAAGACGUCAUGGGCAUAAGGUUGCUGAGGUGAUGAAUUUGAUAGGUGAUGUAAAGGGAAAGGUAGCAGUUAUGGUAGAUGACAUGAUUGAUACAGGACCAUCACCAAAGGCGUAUCUCAUACACACCACUUAUCCUAAUAUUUCCUUAUUCUUGCUUUUUACCAAGUGGAUAUCACAUGGCUUCGGUUACAUAAAGAUGGAGAGAAAAAAAAAUCAUUUGGACCAUCUCUUUCAAAAUGAAUUAUAUAUUUCUAUCAAGUGUUAUUUUAGAACCUUGAGGACAAGGUUCAAGUGAACCCGAUGGCAAUGUUAGGAUAGAGAAUUAUUAUUGAUUAAAUAUUAAGUUAAUUUAAGAUUUAAUAUUAGUUAGUCUUUACUUUAAGUGUUAGUGAAUUGGGCUCUUUUAAUUUUUGGGCCUUUAUUUUACUACCCACUAUUGUUAUCCCUAUAUAUGUACUCUUAUUGAGAAAUUGAAGAUCAAUCAAUGAAAUCAAAACUUAUUUUUAUCCUUGUUUCUUUUAGAUAGUUUUACUUUCUCUAGUCUUGUUAGGGUUUAGCUUUUGCUUCCUAACAUUGUGCAAUUGGAGCCUUGAUCGAAAGAGGAUCCGAGACGGAGAGAGUUAGCGUCGGUGUUUGGAUCCCGAGUUGAUGAACUUGAUUUUUAGUCUCCUCUGCAAAAGAAAGAAAUAUGAUAUGUUAAUUGAUGAAUAUGAUAUAAAUAUUUGCAGGUUGUUAUUAUUGUGAAGAUGUUGGAUGCGCAUAUGUGAUAGGUUCGGCUUGGAUCCGAGAUGGCUAUGAAGGCUGCUGCGUUGGAGUUGUAUUGACGGUGUUAAUUCGGUGAUAAUUAUGCUGUUGGCUUAGUGCUGAACGUUGAUAAUGAACCAUGGGGCUGAAUCGGUGAUGAUGAGAGGAUACCGGAUCGGAGGGAGCUUCGGAGACGAUGGUGAAGCUGAUUUUUUGUGCAGCUUCUUCUUUCAAUUCGCAUUGUUUCUGUAUCUGCAAGAGAAAGUUAGAGCACCAUCAUAAUAAUCAUUGAUUUGUAUGACUAAUGGUUCUUAUUGUAUUUACAUAUUCCAAUUUUUUUUGUAACAGCAAAGCAAAAUUUACAGAUUUCAAUUGUUGUUGAAUUCGAAUGUGAAAAGUAUUGUUAAUGUUUUGGUUUUGGUUAGUAACAAACAAGAUUAAUUAGAGUUAAUGGAUAUACAAAUGGAUAUACAUAAAAAAAGUUCAAUAAAACUUAGAAGAUAAAAAAAAACCAGUAAGAAUUA